GAAUCCUUAAAGCUGGAGACCUUGAGCACCGUUUCUGCAAUGUCAGGAUGGACUGGCUUCAUCAUCCAUAAGUUCAAUCGCCGCAUCGGACAGAAGGCCAUACACCGCCGCUCAUCAUUCCGCUGGUUCGGAAAGAGCACCUGGCAAACCCCAACAGAUAGCCCAACAUACCACCAAGAAGGGAAACGGAGUCGCCCUAAAUUGCCAUAAAGCCUGAGACGCAUCAGGUGUACGGCCCCUAUUUGGAACUGGAUCUUUUUGGCAAGUUAUUCAGUUUUACGUAUCGUAGAGUGCGAAAGUAUCGGAUCUGACAGUUGCCAGAUGUAUGGACACAUAAGAACGGCCUCCUGCCUUCUGGCGUGCGUCGCGAGGGUGCCCAGCCACGUCGCGAGCAGGCAUGGCUGGGAGCAUGUGUGCCUUUCUGCCGAGGCGAGCUGUGCGCCAGCAGACGAGGCACCCGAAGAUGUCUUCCAGCUGUCCAACGGACCUGGUGGAGGUUCCAAGCACCGGGGGGCCGGGCGAGACAAGGGGGCUGCGGCCGUGGGGGAGGAGGCGCCCCUGGAGUUUGACUUGGCGCCAUUUGUCAGCCAAAUGCGGUCCGCCCUGGAGCACUACCAAAAGGAGUUGGCGGGUAUUCGUACAGGUCGGGCGUCCCCAGGCCUGCUGGAGGGGGUGAUGGUGGGGGAGAGCAGUCACGGAAAACACGUACCUGUACGGGCACUGGGGACCGUCGUGGUGCGAAACCCACAUCUGCUCGUGGUAGAGGUGUACAACCCGCAGGAUGCUCAGCCGUUGGCUGAAGCCAUUCAGAGCUCGCCCCUCAAACUGCAGGCCCGAGUGGAGGGUCUCGAAGUGCUUGUGGAGGUACCCAGACUGACUAUGGACAUGGUCGAGCGCAUGGUGCGACUGGCCGGUCAGGAGGCGGAGGCAGCUAGGGCCGAGGUACGACGAGCCCGGCAUAAGGCCCUGGAUCUGGCCAAGCGAGUGGCGGCGGGAGGGGGAGUGAGUAAGGAGGAGACGAAGAGGCGGGAGGUGCAGGUCCAGGUGGCCACAGACAAACACAUCGCGGAGGUGGAUGCGCUGCUCCGGGCCAAAGAAACGGAACUUCGGGAGAAGCACUGA